GAAAGUUCGUUCGAUAUCUCGGUGCCAUGUUUGCCUCGGAGCAAUGCAGGGACAACACUGAAAUGAGCACACCAUGCGAUGCUUCCGAGCUGCCAACAGCGUAUUAUUCAGUAAAGCGCCCAGCAGCAUAUUGCCAAGGACCGCGUCCUUGGCCGCCCAAGGCUCAACGCCAGCAAGAUGCCCAUUGACGCCUGUUUCCCACGUUGCGAGCCCCGGCCACGCACCAUGGAGACCCCCGAUAGCCCGGCCAUUCUUCCACACGGCGAAUCGCCACGGCAAGAGCAAGGGCAAGGGCAAGAAUGGCAGUGAAACGACAGAGGAGCCUCCUACCACUACAGCUGCCACUACCUCCGACACUGCCACUGCCACGACCAACGGCGGCAACAACAAAACCCCCGAAUCCGACCGCCUGCAUCCCAACCCGGAAGACCCGUUCGACUUCACGGACCUGGCCAACGCGUUCGCGCGCGCCGAGAAGCGCUUCACCGACGAGCUGAAGAAGCUGCGGGCGGGCGGGCGGUUCAACGCGGACGUGAUCGGGGCGGUGCCGGUGCAGCCGGACAAGCGGUCGCCGCGGACGUUCGCGCUGCGCGAGCUGGCGGCGGUGGUGCCGCUGGGCGGGCGGCGGUGGAGCAUCCUCGCGUUCGAGGAGGCCUCGGUCAAGCCGAUCCUGAGCGCCAUCCAGCGGUCCGACGAGUUCAACCAGCAGCCCCAGCGCAGCGAGGACAACCCGCUCGAGCUGACCAUGACGGUCGAGCCCGAGCGCGCCGACGCGCUCGCCAAGCGCGCCCGCGACGUCUGCCAGGCCUGGCGCACCCGCGUGCGCGACGAGGCCCACCGCCGCGCCGAGGUCCACAAAAAGUGGCGCGCCGAGGGCGUCGUGCUGAGCGAUGACUUCCACCGGCUCAAGAAGGAGCUGCAGCGGCUGCAGGACGAGAGGAUGAAGGUUAUCCUGGCCAAGGAGAAGGAGACGGUGCAGCUGAUCAUGGCGAGGGCGAGCUGAGAUGUACAUUUUUCUCUUUUCUUCAAUUCUGUCUUGGGGUACCGGCUGGUGGGUAUGAACGGACGGACGGACGGAUCUGAUAUAGAAUAUCAGUUGUUUCUAUGGUGAAAGAGACAACUCUCUGUACAAGUAGACUAUAAAACAAGGGACCUUGUAUACGGUAUUGUUACAUAUGGAGACAGCGAGCCCGCAGCCC